AUGACUUCGAAAACUAAAUGGACGUUUCAAGAGCUUCAGAAAGCGACACAGGAGGAGCUUCUACAGAUAGUAGCAGAUUGUGAGGCAAUAUCCGACGCUCAGGCUAUAAAUUCCGAUCUUGAAGGAGAAAGUGAUGCCGACGACAAUCUUCCAUUGACAAAACAGUUUAUUCCCAAGUCAAAACCUACCACCAGGGCAAAGUCAGGCAUCAUUGUUUCAAGAAGUGUAUCAGCCAAUACUUCUACCACUUCCGGUAACGUUUAUCAAGAUGAUUCAGAUGAUUCUGUAAAAGAUCCCGAUUAUGAAUAUUCUGGAUCAGACAGUGGAUCUGAGAUGACUAAUGCUUGUAACAGUGGGAUGAAUGAAUGUCAAGGAGCCUUAGACAUCUCAACAAAGGACGUUGAAAAUGAUGAAGAUGAACCAGAAGAGACAGGUGCUGAUGGGGAUGAUAUCGAGUUCAUUUGGACGAAAAUUGGAAGCCAACCAAAGACCUAUAAAGAUUUCAACUAUAAUCAACCACAAGGUGUCAAGGAUAUAGUUGGAUUAACAAAUGGCACCAUCGAUUCACCUGUGCAGUAUUUUCACGCAAUAUUCUCGGACGUAGUAUAUGAUAUGAUUAUUACCGAGUCUAACAGGUACGCAGAGCAAAAAGGAGUUGGUUUGAAUUUUCAACGGGAUGAGUUGCAAGCGUUUUUUGGUAUGCUACUGAUAAUGGGCUUCCAUACCCUGCCAAGCCUAAGAUUGUACUGGUCAACAGAUCAAAACUUCCAUGUAAGCCGCAUAAGUAACGUAAUGUCACAAAAGAGGUUUCUACAUAUUCUUCGCUACCUUCACCUAAACGACAAUGAAGUUAUGCCACAGCGAGGACAAGAGAACUUUGAUAAGCUAUAUAAAAUACGUCCACUUGUUGAUAUUUUGAACGAACGAUUUUCAACCCUUUACGCUCCCUACAGGGAACUCUCCAUUGAUGAAAGCAUGGUUGGUUUCAAGGGUCGUACUACGUUGAAACAGUAUAUGCCCAUGAAACCAGUGAAAAGGGGAUUUAAAGUUUGGGUGAUUGCUUGUUCUCGAACCGGUUACAACUUGGGUUUCAAGAUAUAUGAAGGCAAAGAGCAAACUGAUUCGGCAGGUAUAAGCCUGGGAGAAAGAACCGUUCUUACAAUGUCUGAUAAAUAUAAUGGUGAGGGGCGCUGUCUCUACUUUGACAACUUUUUCAAUAGUUUUCCAUUGCUCAAAAUGCUUCUUGCAAAAAAUACAUUCGCAUGUGGCACACUAAGGAAAAAUAAAAAGUUUUUCCCAAAAAGUAAAAUGAGGAACGAUAAAUCCCUGAAACGUGGAGAAUCUGACUAUUGCAUGGCCGGUGAUAUUUCUGUAUACAAAUGGAAGGAUCGAGGUACCAAACCAGUCCUACUUGCUAGCAAUUUUCACGAUCCAAGGGAAGAAACAACUGUUCUUAGAACGAAUGCCCAAGGGAAUCGCGAGGAAGUUAUUUGUCCAAGUGCGGUAUCAGAUUAUAAUAAAUAUAUGCUGGGUGUGGACAAGUUUGAUCAGCUCAUGUCUCCAUAUAAUGUCUCUUGGAAAAGCAGGCGAUGGUGGAUGAAACUUUUAACUUUGUUUUUGAUGCCUCAGUUGUAA